UCUUUCUAAACAAAUCCCUCGACCAAACCCAGCGUGUUCCCUCGCUAGGGAAAAACAAGUUGCCUACAGCAAAGAACUGGGAACAGAAAGAAGCAAGAGAAACUUAGCUGCUGGCAGAGCAAACAGCAUGAAUCCAAUGACUUCAGCAGGCCCCAUCGCCAACUCUGCAUUUGUGGUGACACCCCAAAAUGCAUAUACUGUGUUCCCGGGGGGCAUGUCUCAUCCAAACUACCAGCCCCAAGUCCAGGUAAUUUAUGGGAACCCACCUGGUUCGGGACCAUCUAUGAGUCAGCAACCUGCCGAGAAAGCCCUGAAAGAAGGCAAAGUCUUAGGGGCCAUCCAGAUCCUGAUCGGCGUGAUUCACUUUGGCCUUGGCUCCAUCAUGGGGACCGUCUUGUGGAGGUAUACCGCUGUCUCACUCUACGGAGGCUUUCCCUUCUGGGGAGGCAUGUGGUUCAUCAUUUCAGGAUCCCUCUCAGUGUCAGCAGAAAAGAAUCCAAGAUCUUCUUGCCUGCUGAAUGGCAGCGUGGCCUUGAACAUCAUCAGUGCAAUCUGCUCUGUGGUUGGAAUCUUACUGUUUAUCGUUGAUUUAAGUAUCAACAACCCCUACAGCUACAUCAGCUAUCAUCCUGACAACUUCUACUGGGUCAUGAUUCCCGGAAUGGCAGUUUCUGGUGUGCUGCUCAUCUUCUGCCUCCUGGAGUUCUGCAUUGCAAGUGCCGCUGCACACUUUGGCUGCCAGCUGGUCUGCUACCAACCCAGCAACGUGGGCAUGGUCUACCCAAAUAUCUAUGUGACAAACCCAGUGGUCCCCCCAGAACCAGCAAACUCUCCACCGAAUUUUUCCGAGGUCCAGGACACCAAAUAAGCAAAGCCAAAGGUUCUAGAAGCAUUUUUCACUGGAACUGAAAGAAGACCUCCCCUGUCUGGGCUUCUGCAACUAAAUUCUUCCUUCCCUGAGAAUCUAAAGGAAAUAAUAAUAAAGGAAAUGUCUCUCCAACGGCAUGCAACCUGGACUUCAUUCAGUUCAGCUUAGUAAAUCAUGCUGUUCCUCUAUCAAAAAGAAAACAAGAAUUUAAAAUGGAUUUUAAUAAAAAAGGUCCUCCCUAGGGCAUCCGUGCAGGGGGACUUUUGUGCCAUAUGUGUCUAGA